CGCUACCUUGAUGAAGCGGAACGAGAGAAAAUGCAGUAUGCUCAGGAUCUGAAGGAAUAUCAGCAGACUGAAGCCUUCCAGAUCACCAGUGCCAAGCUACAUGACAAGAGAAUUAAAAAAGAAGACACUUCAUCAGUCAUUGUUGGUUCUAGUUCAGGGUCAUCUUUAACAAAGGCUUCUGACCUCUCAAGCAGAUUUGACAUCCCGAUYUUUACAGAAGAGUUCCUUGAUCAGAACAAAGCUCGAGAAGCCGAGCUGCGGCGGCUACGAAAGGCAAAUGUUGAGUUUGAGGAGCAGAAUGCAGUUCUGCAGCGCCACAUCAAUGACAUGAACAAUGCUAAAGAGCGUCUGGAGGCCGAACUGGGACAGGACGAGAUGCGGACCCAGGCUCUCCAUCAACACCUGCAGGCCCUUAAACACACGUUGGUCAGCAGUCUGUCAUCAGUCCCACUGCCAGGAACAGGUGAGACUGCAUCUCUGGGCAAUCUGGACUCUUACCUGAGUCGUCUCAGCGGAGUGCUUGAAGGAGACCCCCAUAAACAUCGGGCCCUGCUCAGUCAACUUCACAAGGUUCUCUCUCACCUCGACAGUGAGAAGUUAUGAGGAGGCUCCAGUCACAUCCCCACACACCCAAACAUCAUAAAGAUACCUAACAGGCUGGAUGUGGGUGUGUCAGCAGAAGAAAGGGUGCAAACACUUGCAGCCCAUGUCUACAUGGCUAUUGUUUACGGAUACUUGUAUUUUGUAAAAUGUGUGUACCACUGCACAUAUUUUUAAAUUAAUUUGUGUGGCAGCAUAAGUGGUUCAUGAAUCGUGUAGCAUUGAAACAAAUUUGGACUGAUGAUGUGUUUUAUCUUUGCAUCAAAAUGAGGGUGUGAAUAAGGAUAACCAUGUGGGACUGUUAAGAAUAGAAAUGUAGAUUAGGCUGAAUUAAAAAAAAAAUCAGGGCAAAGAAAACAUGCUUCACUUUAUUUGACUUUGUCAGGUUGUGGGAUGGACAGCCUGUUCCUAAUGCUGUCAUAACAUGAUAUAUUUGUGCUUUAUAUUUGUAUUUUUAAAGAUGUUCAUUAAAUCACGUUGAACAUCCUGUUUUCAA